GACGGCUGUGUUUCUGUGGAUAAAGAACCUUUCACACAGAAAGCCUCGUGAGAUCAACAUGAAGAUGUUGCUGUUUCUGCUUCUCCUGGGAAUAGUAGGCCCACACUGCACAUCUGCACGGACUCACUCUCUGAAGUAUUUCGACACUGCGUCCUCUGGAGUCCCAAACUUACCAGAGUUUGUUAGUGUUGGGUUGGUUGAUGAGGUUCAGAUAACUCACUACGACAGCAACACCAAGAGAUACGAACCCAAACAGGACUGGAUGAACAGAAUCACAGCAGAGGAUCCUCAGUACUGGGAGAGGAACACUCAGAUCUCUCUGAGUAACCAGCAGGUCUUCAAAAACAACAUUGAAACUGCAAAGCAGCGCUUCAACCAAACUGGAGGUGUCCACAUUGUCCAGAGGAUGAUAGGCUGUGAUUGGGAUGAUGAGACUGGUGAGGUCAAAGGUUAUCUACACCAUGGUUUUGAUGGAGAAGACUUCCUGAUACUGGACCUGGAGACAGAGUCAUGGAUCGCUCCAAGACGAGAGGCUGUCCUCACCAAACAGAGGUUGGAUAAGGACAAAGCUUUGAUGGCAAACCUCAAGAACUACUUCACCCAGGUCUGUCCUGAGUAUCUGAAGAAGUUUAUGAACAAUGGGAGGAGCUUCCUGAUGAGAACAGAGAUCCCCUCAGUGUCUCUGCUCCAGAAGUCCCCCUCCUCUCCAGUCAGCUGCCACGCUACAGGUUUGUACCCGGACAGAGCCAUCAUGUUCUGGACCAGAGACGGAGAGGAGAUUUACGACAACGUGGACCACGGAGAGAUCCUGCCCAACCACGACGGAUCCUUCCAGAUGAGCGUGGACCUGAACGUCUCCUCAAUCCCCGCUGAACACUGGGCCAAGUACCGAUGUGUGUUCCAGCUCUCUGGGGUGGCGGAGGACCACGUCAUCGUACUGGACUCAGCUGUGAUCAGGACCAACAGAGCCAGGUACCCAAAGUUGGCAACCCUGUUGCUGAAACAUGGGUGGCUGCUCUCUUCAUCGCUCUCCUCGUCGCUGGGAUUGGAUUCCUGGUUUACAGGAAGAGGAACGCCAAUAGAAACAACUUCCGCCAGCUCUGAGCUCACUGAGAGACUGAACCAGCCGGCACAGUGAGGGGCUUCACAUCAACUCUCCACCUGUUGCAUCAGAGCUCUUUCUCUGCUCUCAAACCUCUCCAGCUGCAGCUUUAGAGUUCAAACCCUUCUGCAGAGUGACCUCAGAAAGGCACGAUGCUUUCAGAAACACAAAUAUUAGAAAAUCAAUGACAUCAGUUCAAUAAAAUAGUGUAACACCGAUUAGAAACAUUGACCUGUGCAUCAGAAGCAGAUCAGAGAAGUGACUCAGGUUCUGUUCUGUGUCUUUAGGGUUAUGCAUCAGGGGGCGCUGCCACCACAUUCUCCCCGUAAACUGUUCAUUAUUCAUCAUCUGAUCAAUAACUGAUCAUCUGAUCAAUAACUGAUCAUAUUAGGGUUUGGAAAUCAAGCAAUAGCUCAUUGAUUGGAAAACAAAGGAAUCAUGUUAUUUGGAUCAUGUGGGUUUCACAUCAAAAGGUGGCUUUCCCUCUGAUUAUGGAUUUCAAUCUAAUUCUAAGAGAAGCUAAACCUCUAUGUGGUUUCUGGUAAAAAAAUCAAUAUUAAGUAAGAGAUUUAAAUAUGAGAGGCCGUCUAGCUCACAACUCAUACUUGGUCUUACAAACAAUAUCAGAAUCUCACAUGUACACCACCAGAUUCUUUCACACACAGUAUCAUACCGUCUUUAACGUACUGUCAUUCCUUCCUUCAUUUACUAUCAUACUAUCAUACAUAAAUAACUAUUCUCUCUCACACACAAAAACAAAAUCUCUUAAACGCACCAUCAUACUCUCGUACACACGCCACUAUCGUCUUUCACAAACAACUAUAAUCUAAUAGAACAUUAUAAUAGUGUAUGUGAAAGAGGAUAGUAGUAUGUGUGUAAUCGGUAAACAAUGUAUGUAAGACAGAAUAAUAACCUAUAUAAGAGGGAAUAGUAUUUCAUGUUAAUAACAAUAGUCAUAUUGUGGAGUCUAUUUGUGUAUAACAUUACAAGAGGGAUUCUUAUUAUUACAUGAUAUGCUUAUUGUGCUCAUGAGAUUGCUAUGACUAUCAAAUAAAUAGAAACGAUCACUAAUCUCAGGUUCUGAUGGGUUAGAUACCAACGAAGGGAAUAGUCAGAAGAAAGUUUUCAGCUUGCAAUACUAAUGUAGCAAGGUCAGGUGCAGACACUGGAAGAAUACAAAGAGUUAUUCAUAAACAGGACAUCACUCCGGCCUUGAGCUUUGGGUGAGCUCCGUUCCCACACAUAGCAGCCUUAUGAAGAUUCCACUUUUUCUAUAGAAAUGUUAGCGAAAACAAAUUACGUAUGAUGGUGCCAGAGUAGGGAGAGACUUCCACAGGCCGGCCGAAUGCUGAUUGGAGGAUCGUGUUGCCAAGAGACUUUUUUCAAAGUCUGUGCAUCUACCAAAGAGAACCAAGUCUAAACCACGGUACCUCUUCAGCUAGUCUUGACCAAUCAUAAAUGUACGGGCAACGCCCUGUUUAAUAAAAAUGUAUGCACGCACGAGGUUCGGGGCUCUUUUCCGGAAAUAGUGGUUACAGAUUACAGCUUUGCUGCCUGUCAUUUCUAUGACGUGACGGAGCCCUUGGCUAAGUGAAUAUAUAUAUUUUGCUUUCUCAUAAUAAAUAGUUAAACUUA